AAAUAACAACCUGUGCUGGCAAGUGGUAAUGGCAUCUUCUCCCAAACCAUAACAACAUAUCAGAAGGGAUAGUAGCAGGGACGAGCAUGGCGGCAUCGUUAUCAAGCAUCCUCUUCAAGGGAUUAGCUUCUCGUUCUCGUUCUCCUUCUCUUGCAACUCCGUGUUUCCAGUUAUCUAAUUAUGGAAUGAGAUACUUCACGACGGUGUCAAAUGAUCCUGACACUCAUGACGACUUCAAGCCAGCGAAUAAACUUGAGAAUUCUGGCAUUUCAUUGGCAGAUGUUGUUGAGAAGGAUGUCAAAGAGAAUCCCGUUAUGCUUUACAUGAAAGGUGUGCCUGAUUUUCCACAGUGCGGAUUUAGUUCACUUGCUGUUAGAGUUUUAAAACAAUAUGAUGUUCCCAUAAGUGCUAGGAACAUUUUGGAGGAUCCCGAACUGAAAAGUGCUGUAAAAGCUUUCAGUCAUUGGCCAACAUUUCCACAAGUUUUCAUCAAGGGAGAGUUUAUUGGCGGAUCAGAUAUUAUCCUUAAUAUGCACCAGAAUGGCGAGCUGAAGGAAAAGCUUAAAGAUAUUACAUCCAAGAAGUAAAAGCACAACUAUGGUGAUGAAACUUGAGAGUAAAUUAGCUUAGAAAAACUUGUUUGAUGUAUUACUCUUGUUUUUGGCCGAAAGAUGCCAUUAUGUGACUUUUUGGUAUCGGAUUUUAAUGAUAGUAAUAAGUUUGUUUGCAAAUAAAAAUUUACUGCUAGUUUUGAGGUAUUUCUUUGUAUGAGAAUUUUCGUGGAUGUUCCUU